AUGUCUUCACCAUCUGGAAGACGGAGGGGUCGUUCGGCCAAGAACUCAACUGCAUCCCCCUCCUCGUCAUCUCGACAGGAGCCCCCAAGCAGCCCAACUUUUCAAGUCACCCCCCGUGCCUCAAGGCGAAUAAUGGGAGAGGAGGCCGUGCCCUCUUCAUCCCCAAUUUUCUUCCAAUCGUCCCCCACUAAAGGAAACAACAAUACCGGUGCCGCUGAUGAGCGAAUGGGCGAUGCCAGCUCAACAGUGGACGAUGGCGAGAGAACCCCGCGGGGAAACCCCGGCGUGAGAGACUCUUCUCCUAUCAAUUAUAUCCCAAGUUCCAGCCCGGCUCGAGGAUUUGGCCGCUCAGACAUCCGCUCAGAUAUCCGCUCCGAUGCACCUAGUACCGGCAGUGGGUUGUUUGUGGGGUCCGAUACUCCUGGCCCACGUGCUAUCCACCGUCGCAGUGAACUGAGCUCAAGUGGCUUUGGAGCUACUCCCAGUCGUCGCAACCGCAUGUUCGUCGACAGCAAUGGAGUGCCUUCUCACGAAGACAACAGCGUUCCUCGGUCUGAUGCUACAUUCUCCAACAUUAACCCUGAUACCUCCGAGGCGGAGGCCAUGCACGGUAACUCUACUCGUGUGAUCUGGGGUACCAAUAUCGCGAUUGCAGACUCGAUGUCCGCAUUCAAAAACUUCCUUUACAACUUCGCCCCAAAAUACCGCCUUUGGGCUGAUGGUGCGACAGAGGAUGAGACCCGAGUAAUGGGAGAAGCAGCCGAGAUGCGCGAAUGCAUCAAGGAGCUCAAUGAUAUGCGUAAACUUGGUGUUACUUCUUACAACCUCGAUGCUGAAAAUCUCCGCGCAUACCCAUCCACUCGCAAGCUGUGGCAUCAACUGUGCGCAUACCCCGCAGAGAUCAUUCCUCUGAUGGACCAGAGCUUGAGAGAUGUUAUGGUGGACCUGGCCCUCAAGGAAAUGGAUGUUCUUCGAUCGGAGAGCCAGCGUGGCGCUCAAGCUCGCGGCCGCCGGGGCCAGUCCAUUCUCACCUCUGACGGCGUAGCUCCCAACCCCGAUGUUCCCGAUUUGGUCGGCGAAGUUGAAGCCCUGAACUUCUCAACUCGUCCUUUCAACCUGGAUCGCUCCAUCAACAUGCGUGAUCUCGACCCGGCUGACAUGGACAAGCUGAUCAGCAUCAAGGGUCUGGUCAUCCGUGCCACUCCUAUCAUUCCAGACAUGAAGGAAGCUUUCUUCCGAUGCAACGUGUGUGCAUAUGGUGCCAAUGUCGAGAUUGACCGUGGCCGAAUCAACGAGCCAACCGAGUGCCCACGUGAAUCUUGCAAGGAGAAGAACUCCAUGAAGCUUCUCCACAAUCGUUGUUACUUCGCAGACAAGCAAGUUAUCAAGCUUCAGGAAACACCGGAUAGUAUUCCUGAUGGUCAGACUCCUCACUCGGUGUCUCUCUGCGUCUAUGAAAGCUUGGUCGAUGUCUGCAAGGCCGGUGACCGUGUGGAAGUGACGGGUAUCUUCCGUUGCAACCCUAUGCGAGUCAACUCUCGCCAACGUUCCCAGAAGUCUCUCUUCAAGACCUACGUUGACGUUCUUCAUAUCCAAAAGGUCGACCGCAAGAAGAUGGGCGUUGAUAUGUCCACAGUCGAACAAGAGAUGGCCGAGCGCGCGAUUGAGGCAGACCAGUUGCGCAAGGUCUCCGCAGAAGAAGAAGAGAAGAUCAAGCGCACUGCUUCCCGCCCAGAUAUCUACGAGCUCCUCUCUCGCUCCCUGGCUCCCAGUAUCUACGAGAUGGACGAUGUCAAAAAGGGUAUUCUACUCCAAAUGUUCGGAGGUACCAACAAGACCUUCCAGAAGGGAGGUAACCCUCGCUACCGUGGUGAUAUCAACGUUCUUCUGUGCGGUGAUCCCUCAACUGCCAAGUCGCAGCUGCUGCGGUAUGUCCACAAGAUCGCCCCGCGUGGUGUCUACACCAGUGGAAAGGGUUCUUCGGCGGUUGGUUUGACUGCGUACGUGACUCGUGACCCAGAGACUCGCCAGAUGGUUCUUGAGUCUGGUGCUUUGGUUCUGUCCGAUGGCGGUGUGUGCUGUAUCGAUGAGUUCGACAAGAUGAACGAAUCUACCCGGUCCGUUCUCCACGAAGUAAUGGAACAGCAGACCGUUUCUAUUGCCAAGGCCGGUAUCAUUACCACGCUGAAUGCUCGCACGUCUAUUCUCGCCUCUGCCAAUCCCAUUGGCAGUAGGUACAACCCCCAACUCCCAGUCCCCCAAAACAUUGAUCUUCCCCCCACCCUUCUUUCGCGUUUCGAUCUGGUCUACCUGGUGCUUGACCGUGUCGAUGAGACUGAGGAUCGCCGCAUGGCCAAGCACUUGGUCGGCAUGUACCUCGAGGACAACCCCGAGAAUGCUAGCUCACAGGAGAUUCUGCCUGUUGAGUUCCUCACCUCCUACAUCACAUACGCAAAGACACAUUGCCAGCCCGUGAUCACCCCGGCCGCCGGUAACGCUCUUGCAGACGCCUACGUGGCCAUGCGCCAGCUGGGUGACGACAUCCGCGCCCAGGAGCGCCGCAUCACAGCCACCACCCGACAGCUGGAAUCCAUGAUCCGACUGUCCGAGGCCCACGCCCGCAUGCGUCUCUCCCCGGAGGUCACGGCUGGCGAUGUUGAGGAAGCGGUCCGUCUCAUUCGCUCCGCCAUCAAGCAAGCUGCCACCGACUCCCGAACCGGUCUCAUUGACAUGGGCCUGUUGACCGAAGGGUCCAGUGCCGCUGACCGCCGCCUGCGCGACGAUCUGAAGAAGGCUGUCCUCGCUCGCCUGGACGAGCGCGGCGGCGCCACUGGUGGCUCCGUCCGCUGGGCGGAUCUCUUGCGCGACGUGAGCGAGCAGAGUGAUAACAAGCUAGACCACACGCAAUUUAACGAUGCGGUGCGGUCGCUUGAAUCCGAGGGCUCGGUGAAUGUGUUUGGGGAGGGUGCUCGUCGCAGUAUCCGUCGGGCGGCAAUGAGCCUGGCUUAG